UAUGAUCAAUAUUAUAAAUAAUAAAAAUAUUAAUAUAUCAAAUUAUUCAAAUUUAAUGAUAAACAACCAAUACAGUUAGUGUUAAAUUGAGAAGAACCGCCUUAGCCUAAGGAAAUCAACAACCAAAAUGUUCCGACCACCGCCAAUGUUGCGUCAUGUGCGGCAAGCCCACUCAUCUGCUUGGAGAAAAAAUUCACAUUUAGAUGAGAUAAUCCGAGUAGAUCAUGCGGGGGAGUUAGGCGCGGAUCGUAUAUACGCGGGGCAAAUGGCCGUUCUAGGAACAAGCAAAGAGGGGCCACUUAUCCAACACAUGUGGGAACAGGAGAAAAAACACAGGGAGAAGUUUGAAGAGCUGAUCUCCAAGUAUCGAGUUAGACCUACAGUUAUGACGCCACUGUGGAAUAUAGCUGGAUUUGCGCUAGGUGCAGGCACAGCUCUGCUAGGUAAAGAGGCUGCUAUGGCCUGCACGGUGGCUGUGGAAACCGUCAUUGUUGACCAUUACAAUGACCAGUUACGGACACUGAUGGAGGACCCUAACGUCGACAAGGAGAUCCUCGAAACGAUCACCAAGUUCCGUGAUGAGGAGCAAGAGCAUCAUGAUACAGGGAUUGACCAUGGAGCUGAACAAGCACCUUUCUACCAAGCGCUGUCUGAAGUUAUUAAAACCGGAUGUAAAGUCGCGAUUGCUAUUUCGAAGAAGAUAUAAGUAUUACUGUUAGUUUAAACGAAUUGAUAUUUUUGUAAAUAGUCAUAGUAAUAAAGGAUUAAUUUGCGCAAU